UAUGAGUCAAAUUGUUGUUGUCUUUAGAUUCCACGAUAUGUAUAUUAAUUAGAUUUUAUAAGCUUUCAGAGCUUAUAAUUUAUAAACGAAUUUCAUUUCAUUUUAAUUUUAUAAUAUGUAAUUGAUUUUUGCAGUGCAUUUUCUGAGAGUAAAUUUUAAAUUAAGAAAUAACUGAAAUUCAAAACAUUAAUUUCGAAAAUGCCGGGUGGUAGAAGAAAUGCAAAAUCAAGUUCAUUCAAACAUCAUGCUCAUGCAUCUGAUGAUAGGCACUCAGAUUUACCUACUCAACCUCAAGUACUCCCUCCCAAACACAUACCUAUGCCAGAAAUUCCACUUAAUAGUGACUUUCAUUUUGAAAUGGAUGCAUUACUUCUGAGCCUUUUUGCUAUGGCUGGACAGUAUAUAAAUUUAUAUAGUAGUGUAUUUUGGUUACCUUAUUCUCACAAUGAGGAUUUUCUAAAUUAUUACCUGAUUGAUUAUUAUGUAUUGACAAUAAAUUUAAUAAUGCUUAGUAGAAGAAUACCAGUGUCCAUUUUAAAAAAGCUUUGCAGUGUUUGUUUUCCAUCAUCUUACCAGUCAACAUGUACCCUCUGUAUUCAUAUUUUGAUCAUUACUUGCCUUGCUCCAGUUUUAUUAUUCUGUUUCUAUUUUGUGACCUUAGAGCAUGGAAUUUUGAGUAUAGUCUUUCUUAUCUAUCCAUUUGUUGUGUAUGUUUCUGCACUUGGUACUAAUGUUACAAAAUUUUUGGAAAUUAAAUCACCCCCAUCUGUGGAAAAGAUACCUGCUGUAAAAUCUAAGAAUGCGGCAGCAAAUAAUAAAAACAACUCUGUAAUCCAUCAUGUAUGCUCUAUGUCAGCAGAGACAAUACGAGAAGAAGUUGAGACAUUGAGAAAUGACUUUAAUAUUCGUUUGAAACAAGUUCUGUUUAAUUCCUUCCUUGUCGUUUAUCAUGCCACUUUCUUGCCAUGCUAUUUUUCGCCAAAUACAUUGCAUUAUGAUGUACAUUUUGUCACUCAGUAUGGUGUUUUUACUGGAAUUGGUUGUUUCACAUUGUAUAUAUCACAUUGUUUUCCUCCUAAAUAUUGUGAUGUACUUCAUAAGGCGGCCCUGCACUUAGGAAGAUGGCAGAGAGUUGAAAUAAAAAAUGUGCAUGUUCCGUAUAGCACGUGGACUGAGACUGCUAUGUGGAAUCAAGGAGCUUUAGUUAAGCACUCUAAAGAGCUUUUUAAAGCUGAAGGCAUAUCCAAUGCAGCUGAACCUGGUCAUGCUGGACAUUCACGGUUUUAUUCAUUGUUUAAAAACCCAGCUAUAGCUGCUCAACUUGUGUGGCUCUUGCUGUUGUUUCUUCUCUUUGCAGAAGUCUUUGUCCUUGUUCAGUCCCAUACCUGGAAUGAUCUCUUCUCCAUACAGCUACUAAUUAUGAUCAACUGUAAAACUUUAUACACCUUGACAAGAAUUUACUUUGUAGUGAAAAAAAUAUAUCAUGAAGAAAAAGUGAUUAUUUCAAAAUUUAGUAAUUAAUAUUUUUUGUAAUAGGAGAAUAUUAGGAAUGAAAUUUGAAAAUAAUAUGUGUAUAAUGUACAUAGACUAAAUUAAAUCUUUUUUUAUUAUUUG